UGCUUCAGUGUGAAGAUUUUGAGAAGUGCUCCAGCAUGUUUACGUAUGGAGAGCAGGCGCCUCAGACGUGUGCCAUCGAUGGCUUCCAAGAUAAUGGAUGGAUGCAGUGUGCGGUGAACCAGCAAUGGCCGAUGUCAAAAAACACGUGUUUUGUUUAUCCCCCAGUGCAGUGUUACAACUAUCCUAAUGUGCCUCUGCCUCAACCACAGUACUAUCCCAUGCAAGAACGUCGUACAGAUUACGUACAACAUCCUAUUUAUCCAAAUCUGCCUUGUCAGCAGACUCGACAGUGGGACUAUGAUAGCAUGUGCUAUAAUGUUGACGGACAGCCGUGUCAAUUCACAAGUGUCGUUGACUUGGAGGAUUUCAUGAAUAAUGAAAAGAGGAAGGAGAAAUCUCGUGUGGCAGCCCGGUGCCGCCGCACCAAAGAGAUGCAGAUUUUCGCUGAACUGACUGCUGCUUUGCCAGCUAAGAAAGAAGAAGUAGUGCAACUGGACAAGGCUUCUGUUAUGCGUCUGGCAAUAUCUUACUUACGCGUUCGUGAUGUUGUUUCUCUUUUACCUAAAGGUACUCCAGAAGAGCCGAAAAUUGAAAACCCUAAAGACCUUGAGGAGAUAUCAUCAGAGCUGUCAUACAUGAAGGCGUUGGACGGCUUCGUGAUGGCGCUGUCACAGCAAGGCGACAUUGUUUACUGUAGCGAGAACAUUGCUGAUCAUCUUGGAGUAUCUCAGAUGGAGAUAAUGGGUCAAAGCGUCUUUGAGUUCACUCACCCAUGCGACCAUGAUGAAAUCCGCGAGGCUCUCCGUUCCACUAACAAGGGGCGUCGCGAGUUACUGCUGCGCUUCAAAUGUACUCUCACCAGCAAGGGCAGAAAUGUUCACAUUAAAUCUGCAUCGUAUAAGGUUAUACACGUGACUGGCCACAUGCUGUCACAAGAUAAAGAAAACGAACGAAACAAUAACGACGACAGCAAAACAAAUGAAGACGACAAGAAAAGCAACGGUGGUGCCCUCGUAGCCGUUGGUCGUCCUAUACCGCAUCCAUCUAACAUUGAAAUACCACUGGACUGCAAGACUUUCCUGUCACAGCAUAGUUUGGAUAUGAAGUUCACAUAUACUGAUAAAGCAUUACUCAACAUUUUAGGCUUCGAGCCGGAAGAAUUGGCCGGUCGUUCUCUAUACGACUACCACCAUGCCGCUGACAGUGCUAUGCUGGCACAACAAUUCAAAUCUCUAUUCUCCAAAGGACAAUGCGAGACCGGACAAUACCGUUUCUUGGCGAAAACUGGUGGCUACGCCUGGGUUCAGACCCAGGCCACUGUCAUCACCGACAAGCAGCAAAAAUCGACCAGUGUCGUCUGCGUUAAUUACGUUAUCAGCGGUAUCGAGUGCAAAGAUGAGGUGUUUGCUGCGCACCAAGUGCAGCACGCGGACUUGAAGCCUGUUUUGGCCACGUCUACGUCAGUUCCUGCUCUUGCGCCUAUUUGUGCGCCUCUUGAUUUGCCCAACGGCGCCAUAGUCGCCGCCAUACCGCCAGAGGACGAGCGUCCCAUACCUGUCACAGAGUUAAUAUUCGCACCGCGAAAGAAAGAAAUGAACAAGGGAUUUCUAAUGUUCUCCCAAGACGAGGGACUUACAAUGCUUAAAGACGAGCCGGAAGAUCUGACUCACUUGGCACCUACGGCUGGUGAUGCUUGUAUCCCUCUGGAGAAUAGUCCGUUCGACAUGUUCGAUGAGUUCAUUCUGAACGACAACUACUGCAGUUUAUUGGGAGAUGACUUGGCUAAUGGAUCGCCUGUCGAUGCACUUACUCCAGACUCUCUUUUGAUGUCAUCUCCUGAACCCCAGGAAAAUGAUUCGUCAUGUGAACGAUCGUCGUUAUUAACAGACUUGUCGUUAGACGCUUUUGAAAACGGAAGGUCAGAUGAUAUUGAGGAUGGCAACUCGCCAUUCAUCCCAACGAGCGAUGAACUGCCGGUAUUGGAACCGGCGGUAAUGUGGGGUGCGCUGCCCGACAGCGUGAGCCUCGCGAGGCCGCAGCCCUCUGAGACGCAGUCCACGUCCCCGGCGCCAGCCUUGCAAUGCUUACUCGCGGCGCCACCGACCGGCCCGCCACCACAGGAUCUCAUAACAAAUAUUUAUUCAGAUCAAGGUUUAAUACCAAGCAGAAGCGUCUCAACAUGGGACACGGGCGUCAAGAGAAUAUUGAAGCAGGAGGAGGAGCCCAGCGCGAAACGCGUGAAACGCAGCCCAUCGCCACCUCAAAUGGUAACGUCACCUGCGAAGCAGUCGUCUUCAGUUCUCAUGAACUUGCUGGAACAAAAGUCGCUGCAACAACAGAUGAAUAAUCGCCGGCCAAACAAUCAGGUUCUGAACACGCCAGAAAUCCCCCAAAGUCCCUUAAACAAAAAUAUACCCAUACCCGUCAUAAACCUCUUGCAAGCCGUGCCGAACACGCAGAUCAUUCGUACACCUAUCAGUAAUAAUAACAACAAUAACGUGAGCACCAUUCGGAAUAUAAAUGAUGAGAUAUCCCCUCUAACUAAAUAUGCGAUGUCUCCCCUAAGUUUGAAUAUUGGCAGUCCCAUGUACUCCCUGCCUCCAAGCCCCAACACAUCAAAUUACAACAGCCCCAACUACAGUCCGGCAAUGAGUCCAGUACAUCGCGAUCGCGUCUUAAGUCCUUACUCCACUCCGCAAUCAUUAUCCCCCGUAAGCAGGUUCCAAAAAAGUCCGGGAAACGUUCUGCUUUCACCAGCAGGUGUCAUACAGGGUUCCGAUCCAUAUUUAAAUAACAAGAUGCAACCUAGUCCCGGAUUCCCACUUCAAUCCAACGACUUAUUACUCGAGUCGAGCAUGUCGCUGUCGGCACCUGAUUUCUGGACAGAACCAGAUGUUUUAACGGGGACCAGCGAUUUGCUCACGGCUUUCGACGACGUCAAGCUUGUUUAGUGGAAGAUGAAAAUGCAAAGGUGAAUUCUGACGGAACUUGCAGAAAGAUCAGAUUGUUCUUAUUGCUUGGGUAUUGUCUAUAAUGUCAGUCGGAGGUCACAAAUACUUGAGUCUU